AGCAGCCUUUCUGCCCAAGAGCCCAGUGUCUUGGUGCAAAUAUGGAGGAGGGGACGCAGGACGGAGGCUAUGACCUUUCCGACCUCCAGCCCCUCCUGCGGACCGUGGCCAAGUACAUCGUGGUGGCCCCCGUCUACUAUUUCAUAUGGAAGCUCCUGCAGAGUUUCCCAACUUGGAGGAAACUUUGUACCUGGUGCAAAAGAAGCUUUUGGCAUCUUCUUGCCUGCCUCAAAGCGGCUGCCCAGCUUUGGCCCAUCAGGGAACGGGUCCAACCAAGCAAUGCAGAGAGACAGCAGGAGAGAGCAGUGCUCAGAAGAGGAGGAGGAGGAGGAGGAAGAGGAGGAGGAGGAGGAAGAAAAGAUGGAGGAGGAGAAGGAAGAAGAAGAGGAGGAGGAGGAGGAGGGGCCAUCUCCAACUCACCUGGCUCUUACGACUCCAUCCGCCGGUUCCUCUGCAAUGACACGGGGUGCAUGAUGUGUGAUGAGGCCACUAAGGAAGUCCUGCUCCGAAUGCACAGACGGAACAGACAUGGCCACUCGCUCCACCCCGUGACUCCCCAGGAACACCCUGUUUGUGAGGCCUCCUUCCUGGAGGAGGCCGCAAGGUCCAACCUGGAAGCCCACCUGGCGGACAUCUGCCCGAGGAUCCGGGACCCUUCCUUUCUGGCAACAAAGGCCAAGAAGGACCUAGAGCAGCACCUGAAGAGGAUGACCCAGGAGAGGGCGUGGCGGCUGCCACAGAGGAUGCAAAAGGCCACCCGCCUCUUUGAGUCCAGGGGGAAGAAGACUCCGUCACCAACCUCUGUCCCACACCAACAUCCAAAGCCCAGAGCCCAUGACCCCAAGGCCAUGCUGGGCCACCGAGGGAACCUCCAGGGCCACAUGAUGAGGAAAUGUAUGGCACUGCGGAUGGAGAGCAUCCCUGGGAUUGUGGCACGCUCCCAGGAAUGGACCGAUGGUGAACCUCGGAACCUGCACCUGCCCAAGCUUCUAUGCCCUGGUCAGACCUACCUUCAGCAGAGGAGCAGGCUGUGCUUAAGCCUGCGGGGGAAAGGCAGCCUUGUUGACAUGAACAUCAAGUGCAAGCACAUCCACCUCCUGUGGGGCCUCCCCACCAUCCAGAUGCAGUCCCUGGCCAAGAUGGUGGCCAGCCCUCCUGCCCUGAAAGCCGUGUCACGCACCCAACUGCAUUUCUGCAUUAAGAUUAGCGACUUAGAGCCUGCCUUCAUAAGCCCCGAGGGGAGGAAAGUGUUGGAGUCGCAUGUCCUCAGGAAGAGGUUACAGCACCACUGGGGCCAGCCUGGCUUGGUGCAGCGAUCUCUGAGGCAGUUCCUUUUGCCUGUCCCAGCCCCACCGCUCCAGUCAGCUGCAGUGGGCAGUGGGCAGCAUGGGGUGAAGGUGGUCUUUGAUCCAUCUUUUGUCCACUCGGGAGUGAAGCAACUCUUAGAGCUCCACCUCAAGAGGAAGAUCAUCGAGAGGUCUUGGGGAAGGCCGCAGCGGGUGUUAGAGUCCCUGAGGGGGUUCUUCCCUGCCUCUCCUCCACCCACCAAGGGAUGCAGAAAGGAUGGAAGGAGCCUUGUGUUUUCUCGUGAUGACUCCAUGGAAAUGAGGGUGCCUUCCACAAUGAUACCUGCUGCUUCUCUACGGGAGCACUGUCCACUGCUCUGCUGGGAGUGGAAGUCAAGGGUGCUGCAAGCGCCCUUGGCCAAGAAAGUCAUGGAGAUACAGCUGGGCAGAGCCGCUCCAGCAACGCAGAGACCUCCAGAAAGGGCCCCUCGUGUGCUUCUUCCCAAAGGCCUUUCCCCUGGAGAGAGGCAUCUGCAGCGAAGGCACCAGGAUCUCCUCUUCAUGGACCGGACUGCUCUGGAGCGCAUCCAGCUCAACCUUGUGCACAAAGGCCUAGCGUACCGUUGGGGGCUGCCCACGAUACACCAGGCAUCGCUCGCUCAAUUGUUCCAGGGUGUUGCCUCACCAAAAAUGGUCAUUGACACCUUCUCACCCAGAAGAAGAGGCCAAUUCAGGUUUGCUGCUCAGAAAACCCCCUUUAUGGCUCAAGAAACCCGAAAUCUCCUGGAGUGGCAUGUGAGAAGCAAAUUCUUGCAUCAUACCUGGGGCCUCCCAAGGCUGGUCCAGAAAUCCCUCCAAGGCCUCCUUCCAGACCCUGGCCGUAUUCAUCCCCAGAAGACCAUGUCCAAGGAGCAGGAGGCCAUCAGCCUGAGGGAACUCUCCUUCAUCAGUGAGGCCGCGCAAGCACUGCUUGAGAGAAAUGUGGCUCAGAGAGUCAUCCACCAGCAGUGGGGCUUGCCCGGAAGAGCCCUCCAUUCCAUCAAGUCACUGUUCCAAGAAACCAGAGCCUCCUUUGAAGAGGAGAGAAGGAAGAGGGCUCCUUUGGAAAGGAGCUUCCCUGGGGAGCCUAGCUUUGAGGGCACCUACCCAGAGCCUUGGUAUCUGGAUGUCAUUAGGGCCAAACAGGACAAGAGGGAGACCAAGCCAAUGGCCCAGCACUGUCUCCUCAGCCUGAGGACUCAGGUCUUGGCCACCCUGAAGCGCCACUUGUUGAAGAAGUCUCUGGAAGCCCACCUGGGAUGCCUCCCUGUUGUCCCCACAAUGUCUUGGCAAGACUUCUUGCUGGCACUGAGGCAUCCUCUCCCCAAGACUCUCCGUCCCGGGGUUAGACCACUGGAGCCUCGCAUCCCUUCCUUGUCCUUUGGCCAGGAGAAAAUGGGCCGGAUAGAAGUGGCCUUGUGGGGCAGGCACUUGGCCUCUCUCUGGGGGCUGGGCACCAAGUAUGUGGAGGCUGUUGCUGGGAUGGGGGCACCCAGACUACCGAUGGCUCCCCUCCAGACACGAAGAGCCAUCCUGGGAUUUGUGGGGACAGAGAUGCCCUUCCCUCAGGGCCCCGCCAGAGAGAUGCUGGAGCGGCACGUGAGGAAGAAGAAGGUGCAGCACGAGUGGGGGCUUCCUUCUCUGGUGCAGAGGUCGCUCUGGGGCUUCAUGGGAGAAACCCCCACAGUGGUCCCUCAUCCUCAGACCAAGGUUCAGGCUGACAUCGUAUCUCAGGAACUGCUUUUCCUUCCAAGGAGCGUCUGCCACCACCUGGAGGUCCACCUCCAGAAAAUGAAGUUGUGCCACAAGUGGGGCCUGCCCCAGAGAAUCCUCGAGUCCACAAAACACUUCCUCCCCAUCGCUUCCACGGGAAGAGUUCCAAAUCCCCAUAGGGCCAAGGGAAAGGACUCUUUUGGGGAAGAAUCCAGCACCGGGGAAGCUCAGGUGGAGCACGUAAAGCGGAUGCAGGGCAAGGGGACACCUUUGCAAAAGAGAAGUGGCAUGAGUGGCCCUUUCAGGAGAAGUACAUACACGACCCAUCAAAAGGAUGUGGAAUUCCAGCCAGUGGGUGACUUUGGGAUGUCUGCCGUCUUUCCCAGGAAACCCCUUCUGCCCCUUGCCUCUCUUUCACAAGAUGAAAAGGGCAUUCCUCACACACAGCUCCCACAGCGUCCCUGCAGCCAUGUUCUCCCAGGGGCCACAUAUUACAGCCACAGCGAAGCAGGUGGGCCGCCAGACCCAAUCACCAGAACAAGACGAGUUCCACCCCAGAGACACUCAACAGUGGAUGGCAGUGAUGACAACCAUCUUCUCCUCAGGCCAAGAGGGCAUCCUAUGGAGGUAGCCCCAGAUGUGGGAUGUCACAAGGGCAUCACAGGGGCCAAGUUCCUUCCAGAGAAAGCCUGGCAAUUCCUGGAACUCCACAUCCGAGACAAACGAAUCCAGCAUGAGUGGAGACUACCUUCCCUUGUUCGGCGAUCCCUGCGGGCUUUUGCCCCACUCCCACAUGGAACCCAGAGAAACACGAAGGCUGGAGGGGCACUGCAAGACACUUCUGGAAAAGGAGGCAACAAGACUCUCCGGGAGCAACAGACCUCCGUGUUAGAAGACUACCUGGCUUCGUACCAGCUUCGGCAUCUUCUGGAUGAGGAACUGCAGCACUGCCUGGAAACACAUGUCAGGGACUGGGUCGUGGAGCACAAGUGGGCCCUUCCCAAGCAGAUCCAGGACCUGGUGAAGGCCAUUCCAGCUCCUCAACCACAGGAGCCCAUCAUGGGAGGAAUAAGGGUUCAGCAUGGAUCCUCCCAAGGGCAGGGCUUCCACUCCCGCUCUAAUGGAAAAGGAGACUCGGUGCCACUUCCUGUCCAGUCGAGGAGAAGAGCCCCUGAAAGGCCAAAGGAGCCCAUCCGGAAAGAGACACCAGGAGCAAAGGGUGGAGGGGUAGCCAUCACCUCUUUGGAGGCCAAACCCUCAUUCCUCACAGAAGGAGCCUGGGACCUCUUGGAAUUCCAUGUUGCAAGCAAGAAGGUCCACCAUCUGUGGGGCCUGCCAUCUUCCAUAGUGAGGUCCCUCCAUGGUUUUGCCCCAUUCCCUCUGGAGAAGGAGGCCAAAACGAAGCCAGGGAGUACUGCAGAAGUAGAAACCAUCCUCCAAAAACCCCUUUUCCUGAACCUGGGCGCAAAGGAAUGCCUGGAAGCCCACCUGCAGAGCUUGAUCUCCAGACACAGGUGGGGGCUCCCAAGGCGGACACAGCAGGCAAUGAAGGGGUGGUCUUCCAAAUUUGAGGAAGGUCCACCUUUGCAACCCUUUGCACCAGAUGCAGAUGACACUGAAGAUGAUCACGGAGACCCUCCCAAAAAGGCCACCUCCAGAAGAUGGCCAAGAGAAAGCAAGACCCCGUCAGAGUCAAUCCCUGUGAGCUUCACAGCCUCUGCCCAGCAGGCGCCUUUCAGAAAGGCACGAACAAUGAGCACAACAAACCUGAGGGUACAACAGCAAUUCUACAGGCACACAUUCCAAGCAUGAACACUGCAAAGUACUUGCAAAACGAUGCAACGUGAGGUCAAGAGUGGCAGCUACAAGUCUAAACCAUAACCAAAUGCAGAAAACUAUGGUGACAAAAAACGACAGCUGUCACUCCAGGCUCCCUCUCCAUUUAAAUCACUUGAGAUUAAAGGGCUGUGUUCAGUUUGUGAAACCAA